AUGAAUGCAUUUGAACGCACCUUAGAGGAAAUGAAAUCAAUAAAGAUGUUCUGCAAAAAGCUUGUAAACACAUAAUAGGAUUAAUUAGACAGAAUGAUUAGAAUUUUUUAAUAAAUGCCUAAAAAGAUUUAUUUUAGCAAUUUUUAUCAAAACUAAUUGUACAAAAAUACAAUGGGAGUUUUUUCUAAAAAAGAUUGGAACAGUGAUUAUGUUUCUAUCAGUGUUAUUGAUUAAGAAUUUUAACUUGAUUGGCCAGAGUUAAUGAUUUAUAUGUAAUAUGAAUUUAAUAAAAAUAGGAAGCCAUUUUUAGUGUUUUUUGUAGUAGAUUUAUAAGAAGGGUUGAUUCCAAUAGAUGAAAUAAAUAAAUAAAAAAAAAAAGUUAAUGAUGAUAAAAUGAUAAGAUUUCUAUUGUUGAAUUGUGGAGUUAAUUCUUUUUAAAAUAUAGAAUAAGAAUAAGCAUUCAUUAUUAUUCCUCCUUUAAGUGAUGAUAAAAUGAUUUAUUACUUAGAAGAUUAAUUAUAAUUAUAUUUAUGCUAAAUAAUUGAAUAUUUUGCAUCAGAGAUACUAAGAUUAAAGUAUGAAUAUUUAAUUAAAUAAUAAAAGGAAUGAUCAAUCCUAAAUUGUUAUAUUUAAUAUGAAAGAAGAGAAAUUAAAUGAUUAAUCAAAAUUAAAAAAGAGAAAAUAAGGAAGAUAAGUUAAAAUUAUGGGUGAUUUUGCUUUAAUGGUUAAUGACCCUUAAGAUGCCAUAGAGUAUUAUAAAUAAGCAUUUGAUAUUCUAAAUAAAAACAAUGAUUAUUUAUGGUGUGGAAUAAUUUAAUAACAUUUGGCAUCAUCAAAAUCUGUCUCUGAAGAAAUUGAAGAACAUUUUAGAGAAUCUUUAACCUUUCUUAAAAAAACAAAGUUUAUAAAUUUAGAAAUUGAGUGCUUUUUCAAAUUAAUGCAAUAUAGAAAAACCUCAAAUGAUAAAUUAGGACUUAAUAAAACAAUUGAUUUAUUUACUAAAACCUUUGAUCCUGAGUCUCCAAUUGAAAAAUGUAAAUUUUAUUUAUUUGUUUCUGAAAUGUAUGGUCAAAUAUAAAUGAAAAGAAAAUAAGCAUAUUUCAUUCGUUUAGCAAGUUUUGAAUUGGCUACAAUAAAUAAAUCAAUGGCUUUAGAACUUACUAAAUUAUCAAGUACUAUGUAUGGUCUUAAUUCCUAUUUCUCUGAUAAAUAAAGUAAUAUAUUUUGGACCUCCCUUUAACAUAACUUUGUUUAAGAGAUCUAACACAAUUUUAAAGGAAUGUAUUCAUUUUCUCAUUAUAAGAUCCGACAUAUUACAUAAUACUCAGAUAUAAAGAAUGUAAAUGUUUAAAGCAGAUUUUACUUAAUAAUAAUUAUAAACAAUGCUUUAAGUUUUAUAGGAAGAAUCAGUUAAACAUGAAUUAACAUAAACUUAUUUGUUAAUGAUUCCAAUAAUUGAAAGACUUGAAAUCUUACCUUUCAAAGAUAAAUAUAAUUAGAUUAAUAAAGAAACUAAGUUAUAAACUGAAGGAUAAGAUAUAUUUAUUGUGAAUCCUUGGGCAAAUAAGGAAUCUAAAACUGAAUUAAAAUACCCUCUUAAUGCCAUUAUUCAAUUAAUUUUGUAUAUUUCAAAUGAUUAUCCCUUUGAUUUUUAAUUAGAUAAGUUAAUGCUAUAAAUUGAAGGCAGUGAUUGUAUUACUUAUCCUAAAGGAAUCAAUUUAUCAAGUAAUACUAAAAAUCAUCCUGUGAAUUUUACAAUUAAACCAAAAUCUACAGGUUAAUUGAAAAUAACUGGAAUUAAAAUUUAAUAUUUGAAUUAUGAAUACAUUCAUUAAUUAAAUUAAUUUGGAUUUUCUACUCUUUUAUCAUCUAAAAAUUAACAAUAGGAAUUAUCACUUUUUAAUUUACAUAAUAUUAAAAUAACUGAAGAUAUUCCAAAUGUCUAAGCAUAAAUUUAUAGGGAUUCCACUUUAAUUAAUGAAGUUGAAGCUGUUUAUUUUGAUCCAAGUGAACUAUUUACUUACUAAUUUUGUAUUAAAAAUAAAUCAGAAUUAUCAAUUUAAAACUUAGCAUUUGAAUUAAUAGUUGAAUCUGAAGAUCCUCCCAUAUAUGAACAUAAACAAACUAUUCAAAAUUUUAUUUUAAAUGGAUUUAGUUCUAUUAAUGUUUUACUUACUGAUUUUGAUAAUGAAAACCAAAAUAAUUAGAUGCACAUAAAAAUCCCAAAAAUUCCACAUAAAACUCAUUUCUUUAAGAAAAUCUCUUUGACUUUAUUCUUAUGGUACAAUAAUGCCUUGUAUCAAAGAGAAAUUAAAAUGAAUCGUUUGAUCUCAAUAAGAUAAAGAACUGUCAUUUAACAAUGUCAAUUUGUUAGCAAAUAUAGAUGUAAUAAUGAAAAAAUAAAAGAAAUUUAUGAUUUACAAGAUAGUUGUUUUUUAAGUAUUCAAAUUGCAAAGAAAGAUUUGUUAAUAAGUUUAGAAUUGCAAUCUUAGAUUUUAAUAGAUGGUUAGUUUAACUAAAUAUUGAAUGAAGAUUGUGACUAUUAUGCAUAAGCAUUAAAACUUAGAAAGUUACCAUUAAAUUAAUUAACAAAUCCUGAUUUGAAAGUAAUUUGGAAAAACUUAUUUAAUGGAACUAUUGGUAUUUUAAAUCCAUUCUAACAUCUAAGCUAAGAAGACAUAUUCAAACAUUGUUGUAAUGAUUUGAUGGAGAUCGAAUGUAAAGAAUCUAAUAAAUAAAUACAUUAUAAGUUAAUCUUACAUGAAAAACUUACUUCCAGUCAAAAAGUCAACGUAACUAUUAGUCUUACUAAUGAAUAAGUAAAUUCUAAUUUAAGUUGUGGAAAAUCAAUGGUUUCAUCUGUCUAAAAUACAAAUAAUCCUAUUAUAAUCGAAGGCUAUACAUCAUUUAAUCUUGAUAUUUAAUAAAACAAGUUGACAACUAAGAAUGGACAAUUAGGUUAUUAUGGAUAAUUAAAUUAAUCAUGCCUUAAAUUUAUAGUUAAUGAUCAUGAAAAUUUAAGAUAGUAUAUCAAAAGAUGUGAAAUAAAAUGA